CAUCCUGCCAUCGUUGCUUAUUAAGGUGGUGAGUGUGGAAACUGUUGGUGACAUCCAAAAGCCACAGAAUAGAAAGAAAAAAACAAAGGAUUAGAAAAGGAGGUUUGUCAAAAUUUCUCUGCCUUUCUGUGACUCUUUCAAUUGGGAACCCCAGAUAAGUGAUCUUUGUGAAAUGGCCGAGGAGAAGUGUUUCAUUGCCAAAGAUGUUACAGAAUUAAUUGGGAAAACACCAUUAGUAUAUCUGAACAAUGUGGUAGAUGGCUGUGUGGCUCGUAUUGCUGCAAAGCUUGAAAUGAUGGAGCCUUGCUCUAGUGUCAAGGACAGGAUCGGGUACAGUAUGAUCACAGAUGCAGAAGAGAAGGGCCUCAUUACGCCAGGGGAGAGUGUCCUCAUUGAGCCUACCAGUGGUAAUACUGGCAUAGGGUUGGCAUUUAUGGCGGCAGCUAAGGGUUAUAAGCUCAUCAUUACAAUGCCUGCUUCGAUGAGUCUUGAGAGAAGAAUAAUUCUCCGAGCUUUUGGGGCUGAAUUGGUUCUCACAGAUCCAGCCAAGGGCAUGAAGGGGGCUGUUCAGAAAGCUGAAGAGAUACUGGCAAAGACACCUAAUUCCUAUAUUCUUCAGCAAUUUGAAAACCCUGCCAAUCCGAAGAUUCAUUAUGAAACCACUGGACCUGAGAUCUGGAGAGGCACUGGUGGGAAAGUUGAUGCUUUUGUCUCUGGGAUAGGGACUGGAGGUACCAUAACAGGUGCAGGGAAGUUCCUCAAAGAGCAAAAUUCUGACAUUAAGCUGUAUGGUGUAGAACCUGUGGAAAGUGCAGUACUGUCUGGAGGAAAACCUGGCCCGCAUAAGAUCCAAGGAAUUGGCGCUGGUUUCAUCCCUGGAGUUUUAGAUGUCAAUUUGCUUGAUGAAGUUGUUCAAGUUUCAAGUGAAGAAGCUAUUGAAACUGCCAAGCUUCUUGCAUUGAAAGAAGGUUUGCUGGUUGGGAUAUCAUCUGGUGGUGCUGCAGCUGCUGCAAUAAAGUUAGCAAAGAGGCCAGAAAAUGCUGGGAAACUCAUUGUUGUGAUUUUCCCAAGCUUUGGAGAGCGUUAUCUGUCCUCGGUGUUGUUCGAUUCUGUGAAGCGGGAGGCAGAGAAUAUGCUGUUUGAACCCUGAGGGAGCUCCCUGGCCUCUACCAAGUGCUGUACCCCUUUCUUGCUGAGUAGUUUGAAAUUUACGUUGUGGAGUGGAUAGCAUGGUGUUUCCAAGUUGCAAAUUGGUUGUUGUCUGGGUGUUUCUUUGCUUCUCUCUAUAGGAAUCUAAAUAAUAAAUAAGCUUUGCUGGUAGUUGUAUUAAGAAGACUAUGCAAUCUGAAUCCGUAACUGGUAUUGGAAUGAUGAGAUAAAAGCUUGAUAUAUCAAUGAAUGAAAGAACAGCAGUCUGCUUUUUUCUCCUAA